AGUUGAUAUAAGUGACAGAGUAUCAAGUUAACAUUACUAUCUUUUAUUUCAACUCGAUGCAUAUUUAAAAUACGACCUAGAUUUGAGUAUUAUCUCCACAUACCUCAUGGUCAACAGGACAAGAUAGGACUAGUGCAUCUGUAUUUAUUUUUAAUUUAUUUUGUGACAUUUAGAUGCUGUUAAGAAAAUUGGAAAUAUUGUUUUUUCGGUGUAAAUAUGGUGUUCCCGGUUUCGUUUAAGAUGUUAUCUUCUGUUAUUGGUCCCUAUUCUCGGCUGGUAUCCUCGUGCAGUUCCGUCAACUGUUUUACGCGAACACAUCUAUACUCGUGUAGAUACAAAUCAACCUCCUCGUCAACCACAGAACCCCCAGCAUGUCUGCUGAAGCCAAUGAACGUACCUAUGAAGACACUGAUGGGACCUGGACCUUCUAACAGUCCUCCGAGAGUUUUAAAUGCAAGUGCGUUACCACUGCUUGGUCAUCUUCAUCCGGAAUUCACACAGAUAAUGGAUGAAGUCAAAGAUGGUAUAAAAUAUGCAUUUCAAACUUGCAACGAUUGGACCGUAUGUGCGUCUGGUACAGGUCAUGCUGCAAUGGAAUGUGCUGUUUGUAACGUUGUUGAGCCGGGAGAUAAGGUACUUGUUUGUGUCAAUGGUUUAUGGGGGGAACGGUUCGCAGAUAUGGUCCAAAGACACGAAGGUAACGUUUCAACUAUUGACAUUCCAAUGGGCACUGUGUUCACGCUCGAAGAAAUAGAAAAAGGUUUAAAAGAACACAGACCGUCGAUCAUGUUUAUAACGCACGGGGAAUCUAGUGGCACGACGGUACAACCUUUAGAAGGUAUCGGUGACUUAUGUCAUAGAUAUAAAUGCAUUCUCGUUGUUGAUUCAGUGGCAGCUAUGGGCGGUGUUCCGCUGUUCAUGGAUAAAUGGGGAAUAGACAUUAUGUAUAGUGGAGCACAGAAAGUACUAAGUGCACCACCAGGAGCAAGCCCCAUAUCAUUUUCUGAUCUAGCAAGGCAGAAAAUUGAAAACCGUAAUACAAAAAUCCGUUCAUAUUAUUUCGACAUGUACCAUUUAUCCAAUUAUUGGGGAUGUGAUGCCGGGCCUAGAAGAUAUCAUCAUACGGGACCUAUCAGCAGUGUAUACGCGAUACGUGAAGGCCUUUCAAUGCUUGCUGAGCAGGGAUUAGAGAACAGUUGGGAAAAGCAUUCCAAAUGUGUUCAACAACUGCACAAUGGAUUAGAGGCUCUUGGUUUAAAACUCUUUGUCAAGGAUAAGUCGUCACGAUUACCUUGUGUAACAGGGGUUAUUGUUCCUGACGGCGUCAACUGGAAGGAUGUGUCUGACUACGCUAUGAAACAUUUUCGUGUAGAAAUAUCUGGAGGACUCGGGGCUCAAGCUGGGAAGAUUUGGCGAAUUGGGCUUAUGGGUUACAACUGCACCGAAGAUAAUGUCAACCUCGUCCUGCGGGCACUAAAUGAAGCCCUUAGCAAAAUAAAGUGAUGGUAAUAAGGACAUAGAAACUGAAGGAUUUACUUGUAAUGUUUAAAUGUGUGUGAUGACGACGUGCUGUUUACAACAUUAAGCAGGUUCUAAUAUAAAAUGACAACUGAAAAUGGUAAUACAAAACGAAUGUAUAUGUUAAUGAGAAAAGACCAUUUAAGAACUUCUUACUGUGUGGUUAAAGGGACUCAACUGAGGUUUAUUGACAUGACGGGACUGAAAUAUUUUACCGAGAUUUGUGUACCCAUUGAUUUUGGCCAGUAAUCUGUGUUCAAAUUUUAAGCUCAUUUCGUCACCCCGUUUUUCUGAAUAAUCAUUUUUAUUGUGAAGAUAACCGGAGUAAGCGUUGAAACGCUUUCCACUUAAAUUUGGCUAAGACUUGCAAAGUUAAUCAAUUUUUAAUUUUAUUAUCAGUAUAUUUCUAUGAUAUCCUUUGUAGAUUUUUCCAUUUUAAGUGCUUCACUUGAUAUUUGUAAAAUUUUCAAUUUUUAUGUUUUAAUGCUUAAAUUGACAUGUAUAACUUUAUGUAAUAACAUGAAAUGUGUACUUAUCUUACGUUUAUAAAAAGAGUUUAAAUAU